AUGUCUUCCGAAAACGUUGAUAAAAGUUUCAUGGGUUUACCCGGCUUCGUGGUCGACUUCCUGAUGGGUGGUGUCUCCGCCGCCGUCUCGAAGACCGCUGCCGCCCCCAUCGAGCGUGUCAAGCUCCUCAUCCAGAACCAGGAUGAGAUGCUGAAGUCCGGCCGUCUCGACCGCAAGUACGACGGUAUCGUCGAGUGCUUCAAGCGCACUGCCUCCAACGAGGGUGUCCUCUCCCUCUGGCGUGGUAACACUGCCAACGUCAUCCGUUACUUCCCCACCCAGGCCCUCAACUUCGCUUUCCGCGACACAUACAAGUCCAUGUUCGCCUACAAGAAGGAGCGUGACGGUUACGCCAAGUGGAUGGCCGGUAACUUGGCCUCGGGUGGUGCCGCUGGUGCCACUUCCCUCCUUUUCGUCUACUCUCUCGACUACGCCCGUACCCGUCUCGCCAACGACGCCAAGUCCGCCAAGAAGGGUGGUGAGCGCCAGUUCAACGGUCUCGUAGACGUCUACAAGAAGACCCUCGCUUCCGACGGUAUCGGUGGUCUUUACCGUGGUUUCAUGCCCUCCGUUGCUGGUAUCGUUGUCUACCGUGGUCUGUACUUCGGUAUGUACGACUCGAUCAAGCCUGUCCUCCUUACCGGUAACCUCGAGGGUAACUUCCUUGCCUCUUUCGCUCUUGGUUGGGCCGUCACCACCGGUGCCGGUAUCGCCUCUUACCCUCUCGACACCAUCCGCCGUCGUAUGAUGAUGACCUCCGGUGAGGCCGUCAAGUACUCUGGCACCAUGGAUGCUGCUCGCCAGAUCGUCGCCGCUGAGGGCAUCAAGUCCCUGUUCAAGGGUGCUGGUGCCAACAUCCUCCGUGGUGUUGCUGGUGCCGGUGUCCUGUCCAUCUACGACCAGGCCCAGCUCCUCAUGUUCGGCAAGAAGUUCAAGGGUGGAUCCGGUUAA